AUGUUCAAUUUCCGAAUCCUUCUCGUUGAUGUAUUGCCCGAAAAUUUGCUUUGGUCACCACAAGAGAACAGUCUCCAUGAUUCACUUGAGUUUAUUGGAGAAUAUAUUUGCGAAUCGGGAAACAGUGAGUGUUCUGUGCUUGUCGAUGUGAUGUCGUUUCUGAUCACUGAUGUUGUGCGGGUUGCUAAUAAAGAAGCAAGGCCGAAUGUAAUUCUCGUAAAGCCAAUGCCUAAAAAACUAAAUCAAAGUGAAAAGAUCAGAAUUUGCAAGGAUAUACAGUCGGGUCAUAAGGACAAAAUGAUUUGUGAAGGAUUUAACAUCUCUAAAGGAAUGCUAUACCGACUAAAAAAGAAAAGGGAAGGAAUCUUAGCUCAAGGUUUCUCAACAUCCGAAGGGACAAUUGGAUACGAAUUGAAUGCCCAAGUUUACGAGAUUUUUCGUAAUCUCAGGUCGAAAGGUUUCCCAAUUAAUGGGCCAACCUUAAAGCUUAUUGCACGUAAAAUUGCGUAUAGAAAUUCAAAUCAUGAUUUCACUGCUUCUAAUGGAUGGCUUUACAGAUUCAAGAAACAAUUCGAAAUAAAAUUCAGAAUAUUACAUGGCGAAUCACGAUCAGCUGAUAAAGAAGGUGCGGAAAACUUUCGAUCAACUUUCAAUGAUUUGCUUGAAAACUUUGGGGGAGAAAACAUUUUCAACUGUGAUGAAACUGCAUUAUUUUAUAAAGCUGUUUCCAAAAAGAGUUUUGUUGAAAAAAAUGAGUCACACAGCGGACAUAAAAUAAGAAAAGAACGUAUGACACUUCUUUUGUGUUGCAGUUUCACAGGAGAAAAAUAUAAACCGCUUAUAAUUGGGCGUACGAAGUCACCAAGAGUAUUAAAAGGUGUGAAUCUGAGAGAAAUUGGCAUUGAAUAUAAUGCUUCGUGCAAAGCCUUGAUGACAAAAAAUAUUUUUGAAAUUUGGUUAUCUUGA